AUGAGCUGGGCUCUGGAAGAGUGGAAGGAAGGCCUGCCAUGGCGGGUGCUGCAGAAGGUCCAGGAGCUGGAAGGGCAGCUGGACAAGCUGAAGAAGGAGAGGCAGCAGAGGCAGUUCCAGCUGGAGAGCCUGGAGGCAGCCCUGCAGAAACAGAAGCAGAAGGUAGAGAGUGAGAGGAGUGAGGGCGUCAGCCUGAAACGGGAGAACCAGAGUCUGGUGGAGGCGUGUGAGGGCUUGGAGCGGGCCAAGCAGAAGAUGGCGCACGAGCUGCAGCUCAAGGAGACGCAGCUGAGCUUCCAGGAAGGCCAGCUGAGCUCUGGCAAAAAACAGAUUGAGAGGCUGGAGCAGGAGCUGAAGAGGUGCAGAGCAGAGCUGGAGAGGACACAGGUGGCCACCCCUUCGGCAGAGAGCGCCCCCUCAAACCAAGCGGCCACCCCGCAGAAGGGCUUGCUUGUCCCGGUGACGCCCAGUCACUGCAGUGGUGGCUCCGACUACGAGGAGCUAAAGGAGAAGUACAACAAGGAGGUGGAGGAGCGGAGACGCUUAGAGGCGGAGGUCAAGGCCUGGCAGGCCAAGAGAGCCAGCCCGCCCAUGCCGCAGAGUACCAGGACCCACCGGGACAUCGCCCGGCACCAGGCCUCCUCGUCCGUCUUCUGGCAGCAGGACUGGACUCCUAGCCGUCUCUGCUUGGGCGCCCAGUCGACUCCUGGGAGGAGACAGUCCUCGGCUGGGGAGCAGGCGGGGACCCCGAGCAGGCUGCGGUCUGGCCAGAGGGACACCGUCAGCAGCUGUGGAGACUGCUCGAGUGGGUCUCACCUGCUGGACCAGCUCAGAGCCCAGAACCAAGAGCUUCGGAGUCAGGCCAGCGAGCUGCAGCUCCGCCUGCAGGCGCAGGAGAAGGAGGCGAGGAGCCAGGGCGGCCGGCUGCAGGAGCUGCAGCUGCAGCGGGACCGGGCGCGCGCCGAGCUGGCUGACAGCGAGAAGGCUCUGGGCAGGAGCCGGGACGAACUGGCACGGGUCAGCGCCCAGCACGAGCAGGCGGUGACCAAGUGCUCUGAGCUGGAGCAGAAGCUGAAGAAGCUGGUGGAGGACCUGAGCUGCCAGCGGCAGAACGCUGAGAGCGCCCGGUGCUCCUGGGAGCAGAGGAGCAAGGAGAGAGAGAAGGAGCUUCAGGAGGAGCUGUGCCGGCAGCAGCGGGCCCUGCAGGGCCUGGAGCAGGAGCGUGCGCAGACCCAGGCCCGACUCUCGCAGGAGCUGCAGCAGGCGAAGCACGCCCACGGCGCACUGCAGGCCGAGCUGGACCAGGUCACCUCCGUGAAACUACAACUGGAGAAAAGUCUGGAAGAGUCUAAGCGUAAGCUCUGCAGAGCUGAGCAGGCCUCACAGGCAAGUGAGCUGAAGGAGAGUGAGCUUCGGAGAGAGAGUGAGGAGCUGAGGAAGGAGAGUCAGCAGCUGGCGGCGCAGGUGCGCCACCUGCAGGAGGAGCUGGGCAGGGCUGAGCGGAGCUGCUGUCAGAGGCAGAGCCUGGAGGAGGAGCUGAGGGCCAAGAUUGAGUCUCAGGAAUCCUUGCUCCUGAAUCUCCAGGAGAAGCUGGACAAGCAGGAGAACCCCGUGGAACUGGAGGAGCUGAGGCGGGCCAGGGCCGACCUAGAGCAGCAGCGCGAUGGCUGCCAGCACCUGCUGAGGGAGAGGGAGCAGCACCUCGAGCAGCUGAGCGGGCAGCUGAGCCGAGUGGAGCAGGAGUUGGAGGGGCAGCGGCAGGUGCUGGAGGCCCAGCAGAGGGAGCAAGAGCAGCUAGCCGCCGAGCGGGCGGCGCUGGCCCUCUGGAAGAGCGAGAAGGAGCCCGAGCUGCAGCAACUGGAUGCAGAGCGAGGGGCCCUGCAGGACCAGCUGAGGCACCUGGAGGCGGGUCUCAGGGCCCAGCAGCUGGAGAGCCACGAGUACCGGGAGCGCGUGAGCACGCUGGAGCUGGACCGGGAGAACCUGCAGGCCGAGAUCCGGGGCCUGCGCUGCUCACUGGACAGCCGCAGUGCCGAGGCUGAGGCCCAGCAGCGGGUCAGCGAGGAGGCGCGCCGGGAGGCCGAGGUCGUAGCUCAGAAGCUCCGCGAGGAGGCAGAGAACCAGUGCUCUGAGGUGGCCCGGCUCUCCGGGCAGGUGGCUGAUCUGGAGCAACAGCUUGGGGCGCUGGCCAGCGAGAUCAGGAACAAGGACCAGGCCUACCAGGACCUGCUGGCUGACUGUGAGAGCCUCCAGGCGCAGCUGUGGGCCAAGGAUGCCGCCAGCGUUCCCGACAGAAGCCUGCUGGAGCCGGUUGUGCCAAGUUCUACCUUUGCUGACGGCAAGGGAGAGGGAGGGAGCCCACGAGCCCUGGACAGUGGCCACUGCCAUGUCCCAGCUCCCUUGAGUCACCCUGAUUUUGCCAGCCUGCAGAGCAGGGUUGCAUGGCUGGAGUCUGCCCUCGAGUGUCAGAAGCAGGAGAACUCGGACCUGCAGCGGCGCUGUGAGCAGCUGGUGCAGCUGAGAGGAGAGGCGGAAGAGAACCUCGCCCAGGCCCAGCGGCUGCACCAGAGUCUCGUGGCCGAAACCAGCCAGCGCCUCAGCGAGCUUCAGGAAGACGCUUCAGUUUGCCAGACUGCGGCCACAGGCGCGGUGGCGGCCUUGGAGAACAAGGAGGAGCUGCAGCUUCUGAGCGAGGCACUGAAGGCGGAGCAGGCUGAGACGCAGGAGCUGCGGGCGCGCAGUUGCUCUCUGGAGGACGCCCUCCGGGAGCAGCGGCGGGCAGUGGAUGCGCUGACCUCCGAGAAGGAGGAGAUCAGCUUCGCCCUCGCCCAGAGCGAACGGGAAAUGGCAGCACUGGCCCGGGAGAACGGCUCGCUCAGGGACACGAACGCAGUCCUGGAGCGAGAGAAGCUGAGCCUGCUCCGGGAGAGUGAGAGCUGCCUGCGCCGCGCCGAGGAGAAGGAGCAGCGCCUGUCGGAGCUGGCUGACCAGCACGCCCGCGAGAGGCUUGCUCUGCUGCAGCGCUGCGAGGAGGCCAGCCAGACCCUGCGGGACCUUGGCGAGGAGAAGGCGCACCUGGAGAGCUUGCUGGGCCAGAGCAGGAGCGCCUGCCAGCUCCAGCAGACGGAACUGGAGCAGCUGAAGGGCAGGGCUGCAAGGGAACGCCAAGCCCAUGCCGCCGAGCUGGCCCAAGCUGAGGAGAGGCACGAGCGUCUCCGGCUGGAGCUGGUGGCCCGCCUGGCAGAGCUUCAGGGGCCCCCCGGGAGCGGGCCGAGUGGCUUCAAGUCAGAAGUUCUGGUCCUCACGGGGGCCCAGCCGCUGCGGGCAGCCCGUGACGCAGGCCCAGGGCACCCCAGCCCUGAGCUGACACCACGGGGGCAGAGCCACGAGGGGAGCCCCGGCCGUGCCAGCACGGGGGAGGCCGCCGUCCUGCACAUGGACCUUGAGGAGGAAGAUGUGUCUCCGCAGAGAGCUGAUGGGCAGCUGGGAGCCACGGUAAUAGAGAUGGAGCUGGAGCCCGAGGGCCCGCUGGAGAGGAAGGAGGAGCCCCGGCCUGCACUGGUGCAGCCUGCCAUCGGCCUGGGCUCUGAGUCAGCCGCGACCCAGGAGCUGGCAGCCAGCCCCAGCGGCGAGAACGAGCUCCUGCAGCAGGCCCUGGGUCAGCUGGCCAGACUGGAGCAGGUGUGCGAGGGGCUGCGCGGGCAGAAGUCGCGACUCCUUGCAGAGCUGGACGACGUGCGGGCCCAGUGCAUGGCGGCCACCAGCACACUGGCCGAGGAAGUCGAGGAGCUCGUCCUUGAGGCCCGGGGACUGAACCAGUCCCCGGGGCUCCUCCCCACCCAGGAAGAGGGGCUGAGAGCAGAGCUGAAUGCGACCCCCAGGGGGCCCCCUAGUCCUAAGGAUGCCUGUGACCAGGGCCCCGAGGCAGAGGUCCGCAGGCACUUUUCUGAGCUGCAGGAGAAGCUCUUCUCUCUGCAGCAUGAGCACCAGCUCCUGCAUGACCAGCGCUGCCAGGUGAGCGCCAGGGUGGCCGAGCUGCAACGCUACGUGGGCACGCUGCAGGCAGAUAGCCCUGUCCUGCGGGGCCGCCUGGUGGAGAAGGUGGCCGAGGACCCUGGCGACGGGAGCUUUCUGUCCCUGUCUUCCUCCUGUGUCACGGACAGCCCCGGCCUGCCACAGGUCGGAGAGUCCUUUUACAGAGACCCUGAGCCCGCGGGGGAGGAGACCUCCUUCAGCCUCCUGGGCGGGAGCGGCUUGGCCAGCCCCCGGGAGGACAGCCUGCCCGUGGCCACUGGGCUGGAGGGGCUGGAGGCCCGCUGCCGGGAGCUGGAGGAGAGCCUGGAGAGUCAAGGGGCAGCCAAGGACAAGACCAUCGAGGAGCUGGAGCAGCUGCUGGGCGCCGAGCGGCGGCGGCACCUGUCGGAGAGCGAGCGGUGGCAGCAGCGGCUGGCCAGUCUCACCGCCGACAUGGAGUCGCGGCUGGCGGAGGAGCGGAGGCACACAGAGCGCCUGGCGCUGGAGCUGGAGGCUGCGCAGCUGCAGAUGCAGGGCCUGGACCUGGGCUCCCGCUCGCUGCUGGCCCCGGAGCUGGAGGAGGCUCUUCGGGUCAGCAAUGAGGGCCAGCAGCCCACAGAAUCAGAAGAUGCUUACCAGGGAGCCGAGGAGAAUGCUCGGCCACCUGGGACGGGCCAGAAGGAAGAGAACCCACCCCCGCCUUCCGGGGGCCCACAGCUGGGAGAGAGCUCUGGAGAGGCCCCUGGUGAAGGCAGAGCCAGGGGCCCAUCCCAGCCGCCCUCGCCUGCUCGGCCUGCCUUGGUGUCCGCAGAUUCCCCAGAGCUGCAGGACGCCCUCCAGCACCUGCAGCAGCAGCUGAGCCAGAGUAUGAGUGAGAGGGCGGAGCUCGCACGUGCCCUAGAGGAGCGGGAGUGCGUGGUACAGGGUCUGCUCCAGCAGCUCCGCUCACUGGAGGAGACCCCCUCCAGGCACUGGGAACCAGAAACCUCCCCGAGCCAGGGGGCAGAAGGGGACAUUGCAGACCCUGGUGACAACUUGGACGUGGACACAGAUGGAUCGUGCCGGGCAAUGGUGGCAGACUGCGCCUGCAGAGAGCGGGUCCUGGAGGAGGAGCUGGAGGGGCUCCGUAGCCAGUGUGGGCAGGCCGAGGGGCGCGUCCUACCCAUGGAGGCGAACCUGGCCCACAUGCAGGUGAAGAAGCUGCGUUUGACCAAGGACAAUGAGGACAAGUUGAGACUCAUAACCUGCCUGGAGGAACAACGCGCGGCCUUCAUGGCAGAGAGGAACUGCCAGCUUGGGCAGGGCGAGGCCUGUUGCGAAGGGGACGGGGAGCGAGACCAGAAGGAGCUGCCAGGAGCCCCCGAGGCCCAGUCCCCAAGCGCGGGCUGCACGGAGAUGCUCAAGGACUCGCCCGAGGACGGCGGGGUCCAGGCAGGGCAGGGCAAGUCGGAGUGCCAGGCCCAGGCCCUGGAGGUGGCGCUAGCCGAGAGGGCCUCAGCGGCCACGCGCCUGGGCUGUGCUCAGGACGAGCUUCGGCAGCUGCGCCGGGGCAUGGAGCGCCUCCGCGAGCGCAUCGAGGCGGAUGAGCAGCAGCGGCGCCGCGCCCGCGAGCAGCUGCGCCAGAGUGAGCGCCGCGGGGACAUGCUGCAGGACCGCGUGGAGAGUCUGGAGCGGGAGCUGCAACUGGCCGAGGAGGGACAGGAGCGGGCCAUUCUGGACGCCGAGCAGGCCCAGGCCGAGGCCGAGGCUCUCCGUGUGCAGGUGGCUGGACUGGCCACGCUGGCGCAGCAGCUGCAGGAGGCCCGCGGCCAAGUGGCCGAGGUGGAAGCGCAGCGGGGCUCGCUGGAGAGCCUUCUGGAAGAAGCCAGGCGAGUCAAGGCGCAGCUGGAGGAAGAAGUCCGUGCCGCAGCAGAGGACCUGAACAAGCUCCAGGAGGAGGUUGCGGCCCUGUGCGCCGGCUGGGACUCCCCGGGUGCAGCGGGAGAGUGCCCGGAAGAGCCGCGGCCGGAGCAGAAGCCGGAACCUGGGCUGGGGCUGUUUGGGGAGAGCCUGGCCCGGUUGCGCACCUGGCUGCGGGCCAACCAGCAGGAGCAAUGCCAGGUGUGGGCGCGGCUGCGGGAUGGCGAGCACCAGGCAGGUCAGCUGCAGGAGCGAGUGGCCAGCCUAGAGAGGGAGCUGGAGGCAGCCACCAGCCACCGGGAGCGGCUAGCCCACGAGGCCAAGUGCUUUCAGGCGGAUGCGGCCACAGCCGCCGCCAAGCUCGAGGACACCAAGCAGUGUGUGGAGUCUCUGCGGGAGGAGCUGGCCAGCUCAAGAUCCGAGCAGGAGGCCCUGUCUGCGGACCUGCGGGAGCAGCGGGAGCGUACGUCCGACCUGGAAGGCCAGCUGCGGGAGCAGGCACGGUGCAGCCACGCAGCCCACACGACCGCUGACACCCUGCGUGCACGCCUGGCAGAGCUGGACGCCGAGGUGACCAGCCUGCGCCAGUCCCGUGAGGCCACCGAGGUGUGCCUGGGCGCCCAGGUGGCCGCGCUGGAGGGCCAGAAGACCGAGCUGCUCAGCCGCCUGGAGGAUGGUGAGCGCAGGCUGGCAGAACAGGAGGAAGCUGCACGUGUGCAGGCCCAGGACCACCGACAGCUGGUUGCACAGUUGGCGCAGGCCGAAGCCCGGGCAGAGCAGGAGGCCGAGCGGGCAGGUCAGCUUCAGGCCCUGCAGAACGCCAUGGAUUCCCAGCAGAAGGCGCUGGGGGACCUGCAGGAGGAGCUGGCAGCAGCCCGGGCAGACAACGUGGCCUUGGAGGAGCAGGUCAGCACCCUGGUGGCCAAGGAUGCAGAGCUGCAGAAGGCGUGGCAGGAGCGGGAGGAGAAGCUGUGCGGGGAGAAGGAGCGGCUCGCCCAGGAGCUCAGAGCUGUGUCCGAGGAGGCUCAGAGCUGCCGAGGCCAGGUGGAGGUGCUGAGCCUGGAGAAUGAGGAGCUGCGGGUAAGCCUGGAUGGAGCCGGCCGGGCACAGGAGGAGGCAGCCCAGUACCAGCGGCGGCUGCUGGAUGCCGAGCGGCAGCAUGAGCUGGACAUGCAGACGUGCCACGAGAAGUUGGCUUCAAGGGAAGAACAACUCAGCGCACAGACGGCCGAGCUGGAGCGACUCAAGGGCAGUGAGGAAACGCUCAGACAGGCCCUGGAAGCCACCACGAACAACCUGGAGGAACUGAGGAAGAAAGCCCAGAUGGACCAGCGGAGAUGCUCGGAGCAGCUGAAGCAGGAGAGCGCCCGCGCACAGGGUAAGAUGAAGCUGCUCAUCCAGACAUGUAAGCAGCUGGAGGGGGAGAAGGAGGCGCUGCAGAAGGAGCUGGCCCGGCUGGAGGCCACCGAAGAGACACGGCCCGCAGGUGCUGUUGCAGGCGAGAGCCUGGAGGCCCUGCAGGCGGAGGUGCAGGAGCUCCGGGAGGCCCUGGAGGAGAAGGGCCGGGAGGCAGACGAGUACCUGGACAAGUACUGCACCCUGCUCAUCGGCCACGAGAAGCUGGAGAAGGCCAAAGAGAUGCUGGAGACGCAGGUGGCCCGCCUGAGAGCCCAGCCCGCCCGGCAGCCCCCUGGCCCGGCCCCCAGCCCUUUGGGGCAGGGGCAGCCUGACAAGGGCCCUGGCAAAAGGCCACGUGUCAGUGGGACGGGCUCCCCUGCAACCCCUGCCGCCUUUCCCAAGAAGAGCCGCAGGAUGCCCCCAAGUGCUCCUGGGCCCCAUGGGGAGCCUGAGGACCCCGAGUAUGAGCCCGAGGGCCUGCCAGAGGUCGUGAGGAAAGGGUUUACCGACAUCCCCUCAGGGAAGACCAGCCCCUACGUGCUGCGCAGGACUACUAUGGCCACCAGGACCAGCCCCCGCCUGGCCGCCCAGAGGGCAGCGCUCUGCGUCCCCAGCUUGGACAAAGAAAACUUGGUGGGGACUCCCAAGGCCUCCACUAGGGGCACCAAACCCCCCAAGGCCAUGGUUGCCCAGCUCAGCCCAGAGGAGCCUGGUACGAACAUGCUCAUCGCCCCGACCCGCAGGAACCUCCCGGAGCCAACUUCAGCCGACAGCCCCCAGGAGGGCCUCCAGACCAGACGCGGCUGGCUUGCCCCCAGCCCUGAAGCCCCUGUGGAGCCCCAGAGUGGCGAGAACUGCCGGGUCCAGUAG